AUGAAAAGAGGGACUGUGCCUUCAUGGCUAGAGCUAUUGCUUGCAACACAAUUCUUUCUCACUUGCAAAAAUCAUAUGCUUUCUAGUCUUAGUGAGUGUAACCUAUUUUGCAUCGAGUGCGAGGUACCAUUCUGCUAUCACUGUCGUUCAGACCAGCAUUCGACUCAUCAUUUACUCCAAAUAAGACGAUCGUCAUAUCAUGAUGUUGUAAAAGUAUCUGAAUUGGAGGAUAUUCUUGAUAUUAGCGAUGUGCAAACUUAUGUGAUCAAUAGUGCAAGGGUUGUAUUUUUGAACGAGCGACCACAACAGCGCUCUGGUGGUCCAUUGUCGUCAUCAUUAUACAACUAUCAGACCUGUAGCCGUGCCCUUCUCAACAAAUUUCGUUUCUGCUCUCUUGGUUGCAAUCUUAAGGGCACAAAAAAGGAUUUGAAGAUGCCUAGUGAUGUUGCGAAUCGUUCUGAAUAUAAAGGAAUGGAAGAAGUGGCUGCUGGCAACAGUAGCGGUUCAAAUACUAGGAGUGGGAAAGAGAUAUGUAAUGAAGACAACAAUGAAGAACCACCAGCAAAAAGGGUUGCUCGUCAUCGGCGUAAGGGAAUUCCCCAACGUGCACCAUUCUUUUGA